AUGUCGGACACGACAACACCACAAGAGGCCGCCGAGCCGGCCAAGGCGGCGCCCCUUGCCGUUUCUUACCUCCGAGCAGAGUCCGCAUACCCGAUGGAACGGUCGAUGAGCGACAACAUACGGGAGGAGAGAGAGGAUCUGAGAGAGGCGGCAGAGCAGACUCUCAAUGUCAUCGUUGACCUAAAUCUUGAUGGGACCAUCAAAUGGGUCAGCCCAUCUUGGGUCGAUGUGAUCGGAACUCAGCCAGACGCUAUUCAAGGGAAGCCCUUGUCCGACGUCAUUAGCCAUCGGGUACGGUUCGCCGUUGCCCUUGGCUCUCUGUCCAAGCUACUUCCCCUCGAUGACCUUGCGAGUGGCAACGGGGAGGAUGUAUCGCAGGUUAUCGACUUGGAAGCGCAGGGUAUCAUGGUGUACGACGGUGCCUCCGGAGGCGAAAGUCAUAUCCAAAUCGAAAUGCCUGCGGUCAUCGUAGACUCGCUCGGUUCUGGCGCUGAGGUUCUCGCGAGCUAUCUUACCCAGCUAGCAGAGUCUGGAGUUGAUGAUCCUGAGCUCCAUCCACCACCUCCGCCGGUCCUUUGCCGUAUCUGCGAGCGUCAGAUACCCCCUUGGUGGUUUGAGAAGCAUACGGACCUCUGUCUUCAAGAGCAUAGAGCCGAGAUGGAUGUACAGAUGGCCCAAGAAGGGUUGACGGACCAUCGCCACUCGAUUGUCAAAGUGCUCGAUGCUCUUGAAGUCAGACGCAGUCGUACCCUGACUGGUGACCUCUCGUCGCUCCUUCUCCCCGUCAUGCAGUGGCAAUCCCCAAGUACGAACACACUCGAGCAAGAGCAUGGCCUUGCGCUCCUUUGUGCGGACACGGAGCGAGUUGCCAAGUCAAAGGUGGAGGCUGUUCUCCGUCACAGGAGAAUUCUCGAGUAUGCUGAGCGUAUUCGCGUUGAGUUUGCCCUUCUCGUCCAAGAUUGCAUAGACGAGGCGCUGAGAAAGGCUGCUCGUAUUGCGGCGGGCCGUCUGAGUGACUCGGCAGAGGAGGAAGAAGAUGAGCUUCCACCGAUGCAGGAUGAAUCUUUCUUUGGCUCUGUCAGUGACCCUGCUGCUUUAGCCUUGGCCUUGCAAAAUGUCAGCCUCAACGAGAACAUCUCGAGAACGCGGCCAACCUCAUUUGUGGAGUCUCUCCAGUCCUAUAGCCCACAGGAAUGCCCGACGCCAACUUCCAACAUGGGUGGCUUCAAUAUGGUGAUGCCGCCUCGGGAUUCCCGCCGUGAUUCAUUGCGCAAUACUCAAAGAGAGUCGUUCAUUCUUGGCAGCGAGGCGGCCGAAAGUGACGGUAGCAUAAGGCAGUCUUCCGCUGCCCUAUCGGAGUUUAUAAUGAAAGCACCUCCGUCACCGCGCUUAAGUGCCCAUAACGCGCCGCCGCAGGCUCGACCGACGCAGCCCUCCAUCAAAGACUUCGAGAUCAUCAAGCCUAUCUCGAAGGGCGCGUUUGGAAGUGUCUAUCUCUCCAAGAAGAAGUCGACGGGAGAUCGGGAUAUCAUCCACCGCGACCUGAAGCCAGACAAUCUCCUGAUCGAUCAACGGGGCCACCUUAAACUCACCGACUUUGGCCUGUCUCGAAUGGGUCUUGUGGGUCGACAGCAGCGGGCGCUUAAGAGCGAAAACGAGUCUGCUCCUGAUCUGCUCAAGCAAGGCCCGUUCGCCAGGUCUGCCUCUAUCACAUCUUCGCGUUCUACCUCGUUGGACCUGCAUGGUAGCCAUUCGCCAAGUUUGACCCCCUUGAUCACUCCCGGUAGUGGUGAAUUGCUUGCCCAGCCAUCCUACUUCAACAUCGGAUCUUCGCAAUCUGAUUCGCGCCGGCUGACUGGCCAGCGGAGCGAUAGUGGUGGUAGCGAAAGCUUAGUGCAGAUGUUGGGAGGAUUCUCUCUGAACGACUCUGAGGCUGGGUCACAGCCCCAUAGCGCCAAGUCCCACGCGGAUGAGCUUAGCGAGGCAGCUAGCCAAGGAUCCCCAGAUCUAUCGACGAUGCAAAGUCUAUCGCAACAGGGCGGUGACUUUUAUGGAAAGAACACGCCCCCUCAAUCAAGCAUGAUGCCGCCUCCCAUGGCCCUGUUCGACCCAGAGGACACCAAUAGAAGGUUCGUUGGCACUCCCGACUACCUAGCCCCGGAGACUAUCAAGGGCGAGAAGCAAAACGAAACUAGCGAUUGGUGGUCUGUGGGGUGCAUCAUGUUCGAGUUCCUAUUCGGUAUCAAAUGGCCAGAUGAGUCCGAGUGCGAACCUGUGUCAGACGAGGCCAAGGACCUGAUCAACAAACUUCUUUGCAUGGAUCCGAACGAACGGCUUGGCUCCAAUCAGGAUGGAAAAUUUACCUCGGGUGGUGAGGAGAUUAGGAGCCACAGCUGGUUCGGUGACGUCAGUUGGGAUAGCUUGCUGGAGGACGAGGCACAAUUUGUGCCGCAGACGGAGAAUCCGGAAGACACCGAAUACUUUGACGCCAGAGGUGCCACCCUCCAAUCCUUUGCGGAAGAGAUGGAAGAUCAGAGCUCACCACCCUCGUCCGCGGCCGGAUCCGAUUAUCCCGAGCGUCCACACGACGCGCUUUCGAGGGUUCGGUCACAGGUCAACUCGAUCAAGCGUGGGCUUAUGCCUUUGCACAUCCCACCCCAUGUCCGCGAUCACAAGAGCCGGCGGCUGAGCGAGCCGGUUCCAGCGGACGAUUUUGGCAACUUCUCAUUCAAGAACCUACCUGUCCUGGAGAAAGCCAAUAAAGACGUGAUCCAAAAGCUUCGCGCUGAGGCUCUUGCCGUGCAGAACAAGCAGGCACCCUCGAGCCAGGCUACGGCCAUCGGCGCUACCUCGCCCGGCCCAUCACUGGAAGGCAGCCCCAAUAUGUCAAUGCCAAUCCAGCGUACUCUUUCGAACGCGAAGGCAUCGGCCCGUCCGCAGAGCCCUUCUGGCAUCAGCCACGCCAACUCCUCCCCAAACCGCAUGUCGCAGCCCUCAUCGCCGCUUCUCGUUUCCUUUGUCGCUAGUCAAGGAGCCGACGGGCGGAGAAAAGUGUCUAAAGGCCGCCAGCGUAGCCACCUCGUCGCCAAUCAAGGCUCGCGGGGCGGCCCCGCCUCCUCUGGCGCUAUCUCCCCAAAGGGCAUGAGCACCCCGCGCCAAGCGAGCGGCUCCUCGGGUACCCGCUCGCGAUCGCUCACUGUCGGAUCACAGUCACAAGAGGGUAGCCCUGUCGCGUCCGAGACUCUAGUUCAGCGGCACAACAGGAGGAGUCAGGUAUUUGACAUUGAGAUCAAGUUCGACAUCAUCUUCCUCGAGUAUAAAUUGCCCCACAUCAACGGCGCCGACGUUGCGCGCAUGAUUCGGGAGACGAAGAAUGCCAAUUCCCACACGCCCAUUGUUGCUUUGACUGCGUAUCUCAAGGAGCUCCAGGCGCCUCACUACUUUGACUCGCUUAUCGAAAAGCCCAUCAGCUCGUCCAAACUCACAGAGGUGCUGCGUAGCCUGUGUCAGUGGAAGCCUCCAUCACCCAACCAGAGCCUGUCGUCGCUUCCCGUCGCAUACCCACACCCGGCACCCAUGGCAUUGCGACAAGCCAGCCAUCGAUUGGAUGACAGCCCAACGAGCAGCUCGUCCCUGUUUGCGGGACGCCUUAGUGGCAGUCUAGCUUCCUCGAGCCGGGAGCAGUCAAUUAGCUCUAGCCUGUAUGGCGACUCUGAGUCAAUCUCCACUGAUGACAUACCCGUCGUUGUCAGUCGAAAGCCCACGGGCGAAUGGGAAGAGGGUGGUGGUGGCGGCGGCCUCGGUAUCCGGGAUGAAAGCAUCACGAUGCAUGCUGGCACAAAGGCGGUACCAAGCCUUGUGACCCAACAGUCGGCCCCGGGCCAACUUGAGGCGUCGCGGGGGUUAGUCGACAAUUUUAGGACGAGACGCGAAUCGGUAGAGCGGCAGAAUUCAGAAGGUAGCACGGAGUCUGCUGACGACGAAGACGAGGAGUAUGGACUUAACCGCGACAAGCCGUUCCGCCUCAAGACAAGCCUUCCUAGUUCCAAAUUGGGGAUAGAGAUGAUGCGAGCGGACAGCCACGACAGUGUCACGUUGGGUUCCGAGAGUACUCUUGAGCCUGUCACUCAGGUUGUGACACCAUCGCACGAACUCGACGCUCCCCGCUUUCACCAGGGGAGCCAAAGGAAGUCCGGACCCCCAGACUCGGGCAUCCCACGGGAAGGGAGCGGUCUCGGGAUCUCAGUCGAGGAGACGCCGCGGCCCAAUUCGUCUGCUCGACAGACCUCGGAAGACGAACCUACCCCUCGCCCCCUUGUUAAAACGGGUUAG